AUGGUUUCUCUCAAGAAUGCUAUACACGCUUGGGCGGUUCCUAACCUCUUUCGCAGCGUUACAAGUUCUCGAGAAGACCCUUCUUGCACUAAAGCUAUACCGUCUGAUAUUACUAUUGGGCAACCUAAAAACGUAUCAAUCACAAGUUCGGACGUCCAUCGAUCCUACCUUAUCGUUGUUCCACCUCUCUAUACAUCCCAAUCUUCAACUCCUGUCAUAUUCUCUUUCCAUGGAGGUCAUCGGAAUGCAUCGCAACAACUCGCGCUGGACCAAAUGACAAAUUCUGAAUUUAAUAACUUCGCCAUAACAAUAUACCCUCAAGGAGUCAAGGGAAAAUGGGAAGGCAAUCCUGGAAACACAGCAAAUGACACCCAGCUCGUCAGCGAUAUAAUUGACAGUCUUGACAAAACAUACUGUAUAGACAGCAAACGCAUUUGGGCCACCGGCAAAUCUGAUGGGGGUGGUUUCUGUAAUACCCUAGCCUGUGAUCCUAUCCUCUCCACCAAAAUCGCUGCAUUUGCUCCUGUCUCGGGUGCAUAUUAUAUCGACACCCAACCAUGUUUCCCAAACAAUGUUACGAUCCCAUGUUCUCCAGGACGUCCCAAGAUUCCCAUGCUUGAGUUUCAUGGCGGUGGAGACUCGACGAUUCAUUAUGAUGGACAGGCUAAUCGAUCCAAUCAGUGUAUACCGACUGUUCCGCAUUGGGUACAUCAAUGGGCCCUGAGAGACAAGUUGGAGCUGAAAAAUGUCACGACUGAUUUGACGAAUGACACGGUUGUGUAUAGUUAUGGAAAGGGAAAAGAUGAAGGUUUGGUACAGCAUGUUUUUGAUAGAUAUUUGGAACAUGAUUGGCCGAGUACGGUGUUGAAUGCUGAUCUGAUUGGGCAUGGGGAAGGACCGGCGAGCUUCAAUGCUACGCCUAUUAUCCUGGAUUUCUUUCAGAAGCAUACUUUACCGUAA